AAUUUAUAUGAAAAAAACAAAGGAACUAAAAUAGCCAAAACCCCAAAGUUGAAAGAUUUACACUCUCUCAAUUCAGAGUCUAGAGUGUACAACAUUAUGCAAUGGAAAACAUUCAUAGGAUUUGUACCUUCUGAUUUCAAGACUUACUAUAUUGUUAUAGCAAUUAAGGCAGUAUGGUGUUUGUAAAGGGUAGACACAUAGAUCAAUGGAACACAAUAGAGAUAUGAAUAAAUCCAUACUUACGUGAGUAGUUAAUUUUUGACAGAUUUGGAAGGAAAAUUCAAUGGAGAAAGAAUAAUCUUUUAAAUAAAUAAUCUUUCAAAUAAAUCUUGUAAAUAAAUAAAUAAAUCUUUUAAAUAAAUAUUCAUUUUAGAACAAAUAGACAGUCUUAUAUUUCAAAGUGAACCUUGAGCUAGGUACAGUGGCAUAUGCCUAUAAUCCCAGCUACUUGAGAGACUGAGGCCAGAGGGUCAUUUGAGUCUAGCCUGUGUAACAUAGGAAGAUCCCAUGUUCUAAAAAAAAAAAAAAAAAGUUUUAAUUUCUAGAAACGAACCUUGAUCCACACUUUGUACUUUAUACACAAAUUAACUAAAAAAGGUCCACAGGCAUAAACGUAGAGCUGAAAAUAUUAAAAUUUAUAGAAAAAAUAAGUAGGAAAAUCCUUGUAAAUGUGGGUUAGGCAAAGAUUCCUUAGACAUGACAUCAAAAAUAUGAUUCAUAGGAAGAAAAAAAAAUGACAAAUUGGACUCCCUCUCUAAAAGACCUUGUUAAGAAAAUGGUCAUCUAACUGUAGAAUGGCAUAAAAUAUUUGGAAAAAUGCUUAUCUGAUAAAGGACUUGUAUCCAGAAUAUAUAAAGAACUAUCAAGAUUCAAUAAUAAGAAAACAACCCUGUUUUAAAAUGGGCAAAGAUUUGAGCAGACACUACCAAAAAAGAUAUAUGAAUGGCAAAUAAGCAUGUAAAAGAUGAUCCACCUCAUUAGUCACUAGAGAAAUGCCAAUGAAAACCACAAUAAAAUAUCACUCUACCCUUAUUAGAAUUGCUAAAAUCAAACAAACUGAUAAAGUCAAAAGCUGAUAAGAAUGCAGAACACCUGGACCUCUUAUACACUGCUGGUAGGAAUGUAAAUGGUAUAAAAUUUUGGAAAACUGUUUGCCAGUUUCUUAUAAAAUUAAAUAUACAUUUACCAAGGCAAGCAGUUUACUCGUAGGCAUUUACCCAAGAGAAAUGAAAACUUACAUUCAUAUAAAAUAUGCAUAUGAAUGUUUGUAACAACUUUAUUCAUAAUUGACAAAAAUGAGAAAUAAUUCAGAUGUCCAUAAACAUAUAAAUGUCUAAAAAAUUAUAGUUCCACAAAAUGGAAUAUUACUCAGUAAUAAAAAGAGAUAAAUUAUCAUGCUUACAACAACAUAAAUUAAUCUCAAUGCUAGGUCAAAAAAGCCAGACUCAAAAAGUUACAUUUUGUAUGAUUCCAUUUAUAUGACAUUCUAGAAAAGGUAAAACUAUAGAGAUAGAAAACAGAUCAGUAGCUGCCAGGGGCUGGAGAUAGAAGUAGACCACAAUGGAGCAUAAAAUAAUUUUACAGUGCAAUGGAACUGUUGUAUAUCUUAAAUAUGGUUGGGGUUACAUGACUAUAUGUAUUUGUCAAAGCUCCUAGACCACUAAAAAGUGAAUUUUACCAAAUGUGAGUUUUUUUGUUUGCAUCUGAUUCUGGCAAAUUGCUGAUACCAGUAUCCUCAAAACACAUAUUGGAAACCACUGGCAUAAUGACAGUUUAGAAACUUUUAGAUGACUAUUAUGAUCAGAGGAAAGUUAAGUCAAUGAGUAUGUCAGGCAAUGAGACCCGAUUCUUGGCAUGAGUUCAGGUACUAUGGAUAUAUCCGUAAGGAAAAUAGUGGCAACAACAAGCCAGGUAAUAGGGUGCGGUCUUUAUAUUAAUGAAGACAGUCCUGUGAAGACAUGUUUUGUUAAAACCAAGCCCAUCUCCUGAAUCAUGGCCUGCAGCAUAAGAGAAUGCUCAUCACCUAAUGCAGACUUUUCAGCUCUCUGGCAAAUCCAUCUAUCAGGUGGCUUCCAGCUGUUUUGCUGAAUUUUUUUGUUGCCCCCCCCCCCCCGAAUAGGUAUCAAGCCUAACACAAAUUUCAAAGAACUGGUCUAUUAAUAAAAAAUAAUCAGAUUUUGAGAGCCUGUCUUUUUCUGUGAGCAGUAUUAAACUUUUCCUCUUGUUGAUGCUUCUGACAUCCCUCCUGUGUCAUUUCUGAGCAAAUAAAGUACAGAUGACUUGGCUUGCCCCAGUUCUUAGAGAGGCUUAACUCUACCAGGGUGGGCAGCUAAACACUGCCAAGCAUAAAACUAGAAGUUACUUCCCAUCCUGACGGGAGGAUUUUCAUUUCUUCUGCUAAUAAGGAGAAUCUUUUGGAAUCAAAGGAAUAUUUUUCUCUGAUUAUAAAAGGUGUCCUAGUCUGAUUUGUGCUGCUAUAACAGAAACCAGAGAGUCAUUUAUUUAAAAAAAAUUUUUUCACAGUUCUGGAGGCUGGGAGGUCCAAGACUCAGGGGCUGGCAGCUGGUGAGGGCCUUCCUGUUGUGUCAUAACAUAACAGAAGGCAGCAUAUGGGUGAGAGAGAGAGAGAGAGAAGGGGGUCAAACUCAUCCUUUUAUAAGGAACCCACUCCAGAGAUAAGAAAUCCAUUUUUGAGAUAAUGCCAUUAAUGCGUUAAUGAGGGUAGAGUCAUGAUCUAAUCAGCUCUUAAAGGUCCCACCUCUUAAUACUGUUGAAUUGAGGAUUAAGUUUCUAACACAUAAACUUUGGGGAAUAUAUUCAAACUCUAGCAAAAAGGGUACAACUGCUAAGGCUAACACUUUACAGGUUUUUCUUUGGCUCAUUUUUGUCUUUUGAUAAAGCUAAUUUAUAAUUAUUAAAUUCUGAGAAAUAAGUUACAGAUAAUUUAGUAGGCCAUGUGUUAGAAAUAACCUAUGGUAGCUUUAAUUAAAUGCAUAAUCUAUAGGUAAUCUUAUAUAAUCCUAUAGUCUUAAUAUCUAAGUUCUUCAAGUCCAGAGAAUGGAACAUUUUUUUAAAUAAAUCUCCUAUUGAUAAUAUGUUAGGUGGUAAACACAGGACAAAAUGGGAGCAGGGAAGAGUGCAAACCAAAGGGAAUACUGUUUUUGUUGUUGUUAUUGUUUUCAUAUCCUCCACCAGAAAGUAAGCUCUAACACGGGAACUUUUGAAAAAGGUAACUUGGCAGAGAAGGGGAGGGAAGUGCUGUGGUCAGUGGUUGGCUUGGCAAAAAUCUCAGCAUCAUCCUAGGCCCUGCAGUCUCCGUCAUCUUAACAGCAACCACUAAAUGUUAUUGUCUCUGUCCAGCCUUCUGAUCUUGCUAAAGCUUGCUGAAGCUCAGGUUCUUCGCUAAACUACUUCCAGAGUGUCCCUAUCAGUCUAUCUUGUCUCUUUCUGUUCUACUCCACUGUCUAUCACCAAAUUUAUCUUUCUUCAGCCCAGCUGAACCUUCGGCAAUGCCCCCUCACCCUCAGAAUGACAUAGAUGUGCCGCAGAAUGGCACUUCAGACUCCCUUUGAAGGGUAGGUGCAUCCUACCCUUCCCACUUCUCCUCGUCUUCUCUCCUUUCUCACACUAUGCUCCACCACUCUCCACCAAAGCCUUACUCUUUCCUGCAUCUGUACCUCUCGUGCUGGACUCUGCUUGAAAUUUCUUCUUCACCCUUGGCUUCUUACCACCAUCCAUCCAUUAAGGCCCGGCUCAAAGAAGCUUUGACUGAUGCUCACAGCUAAGAAUGGAUUCUCAUAGUUCUUAACUGUUCUCUUGUGGUUUAUAUUCUUUCGUAUAUUGUAAUUAUUGGUAUAUGUGGUGACCGCAUUCAUAUAUUUUUUCCUUUUUACAUUGUAAAUUACUGGAAGGCAGGUUUUAUAUCUCACCCUCAAUUGUACUUAUACACUUCAUGCCUUGCUUAUGAUAGACACAACAUAGGUAGUAGUCGACUCAACACAUGUGUUAUGAGUUUUGAAUGGAAAAAUGAAUGAAUACAUCUAAAGUUGGGAAUGUAAAAAAGGAAACCUGAGUGCUUUCUUAUUGUAAUCAAGGCAGCAAGGAACACAAUUGGUGAUAAUUCAAGAAGCCCACAUGGGAAGGGCAGGAGUUGGUACUACUUCUCAGCUUCGUCCUUCCAAAAGCUAAACAAUUCGACAUACCAUGACAUAUGAUGUUGUCAUAAUUGUGUAUAGAGAAGUCUUAUCCAGGAGCAUAUGCUAAGCAAAGAAGCCAAGCCACGACUGGUCUUCCAGUCUUAGAACGGCAGUAGAAAACUGUAACAAACAAUUGUUGUAUUAUUUUUAUUUAAUAUGUGAGAAUUAGUUUUUUUAAAAAAAUCAGUCACUUUACUGUCCAACAAAAGAGCUUAAUCAAUAAUUGUAGAUACUAGAAUUAUCUCAGUAAAUAUAAAAUUAUUUUCUCUCACCUCCUUCUCAGAGAACUUCAUUUCUUGUUGUCUCUUGAGAAUGGAGGGGAAACUGUGUCCCAAAGCUGUAGGAUACCUGGGUGAAAGUAUCACAAGCACAUCAUGGCACUAUCAUGUGAUACUGUUUUUAUGAGAGGAGAGUCAUAGAAUAGGUAGAAAUCCACCUAUUGGGUACACCCCUUUAAACCAAACACAUAAGGAAAAUCUGCAUCUGCAGGCGCAGUGGCUCAAGCCUGUAAUCCCAGCACUUUGGGAGGCCGAGGCAGGUGGAUCUCGAGGUCAAGAGAUCGAGACCAUCCUGGUCAACGUGGUGAAACCCCGUCUCUACUAAAAAUACAAAAAAAUUAGCUGGGCGUGGUGGCGUGCGCCUGUAAUCCCAGCUACUCCGGAGGCUGAGGCAGGAGAAUUGCCUGAACCCAGGAGGCGGAGGUUGUGGUGGGCCGAGAUCGCACCAUUGCACUCCAGCCUGGGUAACAAGAGCGAAACUCCGUCUCAAAAAAAGAAAAAGGAAAAAAAAAAAAAAAUCUGCAUCUACAAAGAGUUGUGAGGUAAUGAAUUGUCGCUUGACAAAAGCACUCACCCUGGUCACCAAAAACAAAUCCCUUUUCAGAAACACAGCAGCCAUAUAAAGCAGAGUUUGCCUGUAUUCACACUGCUGAGAGAGUGAUGCAUCUGGUCACCUGGGGCCAAUCUGGGCCACAUGUGAAAAGACACUCUUUCUCCCUAGCCUAUUUAAAAAUCAGUAGAUAAUUUUGGAAGUAUGACUAUUUUUCCAGGUUGCCUUUUAAGGGACUUUUCUUUCUAGUCCAUCAAAAAUGGAUUAGUGUGACUCAUUAACACAGAUCCAAACACAGUCAGAAAGCAAGAAACACCUUUCCGGUUUCUUAAUCACUUCAAUUUCCUAAAGCUGACUCUGCUUCUUCAUUUUGGCAAGAAUGUUGUCGUUUUCUGGUUAAUUUAAAAACAUUUAAAAGACAACUCCCUUACUACUAGGCAUAUGGUAGGAACUUAAUAUAUAAAUGUUAAGUGAAUAUAAAGUUUAUUUCACUCCAUGUACCAAGUCUUACUCACAGAUUUGCCAAGUACAACAAACUAUGAACACUGAGUAGCUAGAAUGUGAGUACUUGAAUUCUUUUUUCUUUUCCCGCAAAGUGCCUAGUAUAGGACUCUGUGAACGCUAUUCACACAUGCACAUCUGAAUAUGUGAGAACCUGCACAUGCACACACAGACAUGCAGUCUUAUUAGCUAUUGAGUUAGCUUAGAGGAUCCUUGAUUAAUCAACUUUGGGGCUUAUCUGUUAUAGGUCUGACUGUUCUAUUGUACCUGGAGAAUAUCAAUAUUUUUAUAGGAACCCAAGGGGAGGAAAAUACCAUCUAUGCUGAUUCUGAUGGUUGCUUAGCCAUGUUAUUUUAUUUUUUAAUUUAUUUUUAUUUUGUAGAGAUGGGAUCUCACUAUAUUGCCCAGGCUACUAGACUCCUGGCCUCAAGAGUUCCUCCUACCUUGACCUCCCAGAGUGCUGGGAUCACAGGCAUAAACCACAAUACCUGGCCUGUGUGUUUGGUUUUAUAUAGUUGUUAUAGUUGAAUAAUUGGUCUGUGGUUGCUGAGUUGUAUAAACAGAUUUCGAUCUCAAACUAUCAAUAAGUUAUUCCAAUACCAUACUGCUGUUAACUGAAAACAUCCCCACUGUUCAGAUGGUUUUGGUUUUUCUUUAAGUUGUACUUUCCCCUCAGCCUGAUCUGUUCUGAUAUUGCCUAUUUUCUUUCAGUUCAAAGCUAUGAGCAGACUUAAAUUUUAAUAAUAUACAAGGCAGUGGGAAAUGAAGGUUUAAGGGUCAAGUGGAAUCUAUUAGACUGUCACUUAUGAGAUGUAAGACCUUUGGCCUAUUACUCAACCUCUCAAACUUCACUUUUCUCAGCUAUAAAAUGAAGAUAAUAAUGGUAUACAGCUCUCAGAGUUGCUGUGAGGAUUGUGUUAGAGAAUGGAUGUGAAAUACCUGGCUCACAAUAGACCUAGAAAGCAUUAGUUGUAGUUGCUCUUCUUUCCAGGGAUCUAUAAUCCAAACACCCACACAGUGCCCAUAGGGAGUUGCUCCUUAAUGUCAACUUAAGAACAUUUGCCACAUAACCCAAAAAUGUCCCUCCAUGGCCUGUGAGGCCCUGUGUGAUCUAGUCCUUCCUCACCAGCCUCUCACCUGCUGCCUCCCUCCCUUCACUUGAUGCUUUUGAGCAAAUUGGCCUCAUCACUGUUCCCCCAAUUCAUCAUGGGGCUUCCACCUGAGAGCCUUCUCAGAGACUCUUGCCCCAUCUAGAUAUUAGAACACUCUCCACCCUGCCCUUCACCUGUGUGAUCUCUUGUCAGCCUUCAUCUAUCACUCACAUAGCAGGACUUCCCAUAACACCCCUCUCCAAGAUUAUGUCUCUUAUGCUCUCACAGUAGCCAGUACUCUUUCUUUCUGAUCUUGUUCUGUUACCCAGGCUAGAGUGCAUUUGUGCCAUUAUAGCUCACUGUAACCUUGAACUGCUAGGCUCAUGCAAUCCUCCCAUCUCAACCACCCGAGUAGCUGUGCUGCAGGUACACACCAUCAUACACAGUUUUUUGUUUUUUGGUUUUUUUUAGUAGGGACAGAGUCUUGCUAUGCUGCCCAGGCUGGUCUUGAACCCCUGCCUCAAGUCACUACACUUUCGUUAUAACAGUUAUCACAUUCUUAAUUAUAUAUUGUACAUACUUGUUAUGGACUGAAUUGUAUCCCUCCAAAAUUCAUAUGUGAAGCCCCCAUCACCAGUACCUCAGUACAUUUAUUUGAAGAUAGGCUCUUUCAAGAAGUAGUUAAAUUUAAGUAAAAAUGAGGCCAUCAGGGUGGACCCUAAUUCAAUCUGACUUGUGUCCUUAUAAGAAGAGGAGAUUAGGACACACAGAGAGAGACACCAGGGAUGUGCAUGCACAGAGAAAAGCCAUGUGAGGACACUGCAAGAAGGUGGCCAUCUGCAAGCCAAGGAGAAGGGAUCUCAAGAGAAAUCAAACCACCUGACACAUUGAUCAUGAACUUCCAGCCCACAGAACUAUGAGAAAAUAAAAUUCUGUUGUUUAAGCCACCCAGUCUGUGGUGUUUUGUUAUGGGAACGCUCACUGACUAAUAUAUUUCAUAAGCCCUGUCUUCCUCCAUUAGACUGUGAACUCCAUAAGCACAGGGAAUAUGUCCAUAUUUCACCAUCAAACUCUUAGCACAUAGUUUAAUGCCUGGCUCCAAGCAGCAGCCAAUAUAUUUUUGUUUAAUUUAUGAAUAAAGGAAUGAAUGAUGCAGGGCCAUGUCAAUUUUAUGCUGAAAGCUCUGUGUGUUCUAGAUUCUUCAACGUUCUUCUCCUAUGAGAUUGACAGAAGAAAUGUUGAGUAUUUAUUUGGGAAAGGAAAGAACAUUCUAGAAAGCAAGUGUCAAAUUCUGCAUAACUGAAAAACGUUCUGAAAUGUAUGAGUCUAGUGCAGAAUAUGGGCAGCUUGGGAACAAGAGACCCACAGAUGUUCUCAGUGGUCUGCUAUCCUUCCAUGGGAUGCAGUGCCCACAAUAGCAAGGUGCAGUCGCAUGUCAGUGCUGUGCUGUGAGGGUCCCACAGCUCCUCUCCAGUAUCGUAGGAUAACACCUCAGAACUGGGAAUCUCAAUGUGAUGCUGGGUCCCAGGAAUGUGCUAUGGCCUUAAAGGACUGCCUGAGUGAGUUCCAGGUUCAGACUUCCCAUUUUACCAACACAAGGGUCUCAAGCUAGUUUUUGGGGCCCCGAAAAGCCAGAUACCAUCCAGUAUUCAUAAGAAUUAUUCCGAUUGAUGCAAGUUGACCCUCUAGGGAAAUCUAAAGGUCCCAAGAUGUACUUGGAGUUGCAGGAUAUCUGGGAGCCCACAUAUGUCUUUAGGUGUAUAGAGACUAUGUGGUCACCUGAUUUGAAGGACAAGAAAGUCCUUAUCCCUCCCCAACAGCACCUCUCUCCAUUAUUAGGUGGCCAAAUGCCUAAAAUCCCAUCAUUAACAUGUCACUCUUUUAGAUCAGCAUAUCACUAUAUGUGGUUACCUUUUUUGUAAAAUGAACCUGGCCCACCAGCUACUCAGUAUUUUCAGUCAUUAGCAUAUUAUAAAUUAGUUCACCAACUAUUUUCUCCAGAUGGGCUUGACCUAGCUUGAACUAGAAGAGGGAAAAGAAGACAAAGACAUCUAUAAGGGAAACAGAUCUUGCAUAUAAAUCCUGCCAACUUCAGUUUCUCUAGGGUUCAGGUACUUUGACCACAGGCCAUCCAUAUGCCUAGACCACCCGUGAAUCAUGCACUGGGAUUCCAGUCCCCAUGGCACUGAGGAAGGGUAUUGCCACAAAGCUGUGGCAGUUCUCCAGCUGUAGAAGGUAGGCAAUAAAAGGGAAUUUCCUUUAUGUUGGCCCUUUGUUUCUUUUUCCCCAUGGGCCUAUAAAUGGUUAACCUUCCUAAGCUGGAAGGAGAAGUUUUCUGCCUCCUGUAAAGUUUGAUUCCUGGAGGCAGAUUUUUUUUUUUUUUUAAAUCCAGCAAGUGUCAGAUAAUUGGAAGGGUGGAGUAACACUGUAAACCACGACACACCUUUGUCAGGACUUGUUUGGAAGCAAAGAGUUGAAAGAAACAAGGUGGAGAGAAAGAGAAGAGAACAUUUUUGAAAGAUCACUCAGCUUUAACACACCUUGGCAGGGUCUGGAUAAAAAAAAAAGUGAGCCCUGCAAAUUUCUAGAAGAAAACAUCAGGAGAAGAAAGAAAGAGGGAGAUUUAUUCAAAGUUGUUUUUAAUUCCUUCAAAACCUCAAGCCAGGUGGCUAUGGUAUGGAUGUAACCAAGAAAAACAAACGAGACGGUACUGAAGUUACCGAAAGAAUUGUCACUGAAACAGUAACCACAAGACUUACAUCCUUACCACCAAAAGGCGGGACCAGCAAUGGCUAUGCUAAAACAGGUUCUCUUGGCGGAGGGAGCCGGCUGGAGAAACAAAGCCUGACUCAUGGCAGCAGUGGCUACAUAAACUCAAGUGGAAGCACACGAGGCCUUGGCUCCACCUCUAGUUACAGGAGGGCUCACUCACCUGCCUCCACUCUGCCGAACUCCCCAGGCUCGACCUUUGAAAGGAAAACUCACGUUACCCGCCAUGCAUACGAAGGGAGCUCCAGUGGCAACUCUUCUCCGGAGUAUCCUCGGAAGGAGUUUGCCUCUUCUUCAACCAGAGGACGGAGUCAAACACGAGAGAGUGAAAUUCGAGUUCGACUGCAGAGUGCGUCCCCAUCUACCCGAUGGACAGAAUUGGAUGAUGUUAAGCGUUUGCUCAAGGGGAGUCGAUCGGCAAGCGUGAGCCCCACCCGGAAUUCCUCCAACACUCUCCCCAUCCCCAAGAAAGGCACUGUGGAGACCAAAAUUGUGACAGCGAGCUCCCAGUCAGUGUCAGGCACCUACGAUGCAACGAUCCUGGAUGCCAACAUUCCCUCGCAUGUAUGGUCCUCCACCUUGCCUGCAGGGUCCUCCAUGGGGACCUAUCACAACAACAUGACAACACAGAGCUCGUCCCUCCUCAACACCAAUGCCUACUCUGCAGGAUCAGUCUUUGGAGUUCCAAAUAACAUGGCAUCCUGCUCCCCCACUUUGCACCCGGGACUCAGUACAUCCUCCUCAGUAUUUGGCAUGCAGAACAAUCUGGCCCCCAGCUCGACUACCCUGUCCCAUGGCACCACCACUACUUCCACAGCAUAUGGGGUGAAGAAAAACAUGCCCCAGAGCCCUGUGGCUGGGAACACUGGUGUUUCCACCUCUGCUGCCUGCACCACAAGUAUGCAGAAUGAUGACCUUUUGCACAAGGAUUGCAAGUUCCUGAUCCUAGAGAAAGACAAUACACCUGCCAAGAAGGAGAUGGAGCUGCUGAUCAUGACCAAGGACAGUGGCAAGGUCUUUACGGCCUCACCAGCCAGCAUCACUACAACUUCUUUUUCAGAAGACACCCUAAAAAAAGAAAAGCAAGCUGCCUACAAUGCUGACUCAGGCCUAAAAGCUGAAGCUAAUGGAGACCUGAAGACUGUGUCCACAAAGGGCAAGACCAGCACUGCAGAUAUCCACAGCUAUGGCAGCGGUGGUGGUGGUGGCCACGGAGGAGGUGGCGGUGUUGGUGGCGCUGGUGGCGGCCCGUGGGGAGCGGCGCCAGCCUGGUGCCCCUGCAGCUCCUGCUGUAGCUGGUGGAAGUGGCUCCUGGGCCUGCUGCUCACCUGGCUGCUGCUCCUGGGGCUGCUCUUCGGCCUCAUUGCUCUGGCGGAGGAGGUGAGAAGGCUGAAAGCCCGUGUGGACGAUCUGGAGAGGAUCAGGAGCAGCAAGCUGUCCUACGUGGAUAAGCUGGUGAGAGACAGCAAGGACGGCCUCCAGGGCAUAGCACCUGCAGUAGGAGCAGAUCUGGACAAAAUUGGGCUGGACAGCGAAAGCCAGGAGGUGCUCUGGUUGUUCGUGAGGAAAAAACUGAUGGCAGAACAGGAAAAUGGAAAUCUCCGAGGAAGCCCUGGCCCUAAAGGUGACAUGGGAAGCCAAGGCCCUAAAGGAGAUAGAGGGUUCCCUGGCCCUCCAGGUAGCCCUGGGCUCUUGGGCAACCCAGGUCCAGAAGGUCCAAAGGGUCAAAAAGGCAGCGUGGGAGAUCCCGGCAUGGAAGGCCCCAUGGGCCAGAGAGGGCGAGAAGGCCCCAUGGGACCUCGUGGUGAGCCAGGGCCUCCUGGGUUUGGAGAGAAAGGGGAAAGAGGGGCUGCUGGUGAACCAGGUCCUCACGGCCCACCUGGUGUCCCAGGUUCUGUGGGUCCCAAAGGUUCCAGCGGCUCUCCUGGCCCACAGGGACCCCCAGGUCCUGUAGGUCUCCAAGGGCUCCAAGGUGAAGUGGGACUUCCUGGUAUCAAAGGUGACAAAGGACCGAUGGGACCACCAGGACCUAAAGGUGACCAGGGUGAGAAAGGACCUCGAGGUCUCACAGGCGAGCCUGGCAUGAGAGGUUUGCCUGGUGCUGUUGGUGAGCCCGGAGCUAAAGGGGCAAUGGGUCCUGCUGGCCCAGAUGGACACCAAGGCCCAAGAGGUGAACAAGGUCUUACAGGGAUGCCUGGAAUCCGUGGCCCACCAGGACCUUCUGGAGACCCAGGAAAGCCAGGUCUCACAGGACCCCAGGGACCUCAGGGACUUCCUGGUACCCCCGGUCAACCAGGAACAAAAGGUGAACCAGGAGCUCCAGGCAAGAUUGUGACUUCAGAGGGGUCAUCGACGCUCACUGUCCCAGGCCCCCCAGGACCUCCUGGAGCCAUGGGACCCCCAGGACCUCCAGGUGCCCCAGGCCCUGCCGGCCCAGCUGGUCUCCCAGGACAGCAAGGUCCCCAAGGCCCCAGAGGACACCAAGGCGAGCAAGGCCUCCCAGGUGUCUCAACCUCAGGGUCUGGUUCUCUCGGACUCAACCUUCAGGGACCACCAGGCCCACCUGGCCCCCAGGGACCCAAAGGUGACAAAGGUGAUCCAGGUGUCCCAGGGGCUCCUGGCAUUCCUGGUGGUGGUCCUGGAGGGGCAUCAUCAAGUACCAUGUACGUGCCAGGCCCGCCAGGCCCCCCUGGGCCCCCUGGGCUUCCAGGCUCCAUCAGCAGCUCUGGCCGGGAGAUUCAGCAGUACAUCUCUGAGUACAUGCAGAGUGACAGUAUUAGAUCUUACCUAUCUGGAGUUCAGGGUCCGCCAGGCCCACCUGGUCCCCCAGGACCUGUCACCACCAUCACAGGCGAGACUUUCGACUAUUCAAGGCUGGCAAGCCAAGUUGUGAGCUACUUACAGACUUCGGGGUACAGCAUCAACUUGUCCCCCUCAUCCUCCAUCUCUUCUGAAGACAUCCUGGCUGUGCUGCAGCGGGAUGAUGUGCGUCAGUACCUACGUCAGUACCUGAUGGGCCCUCGGGGUCCGCCGGGGCCACCAGGAGCCAGUGGAGAUGGGUCCCUCCUGUCUUUGGACUAUGCAAAGCUGAGUAGUCACAUUCUCAGCUACAUGUCGAGUUCUGGGAUCAGCAUUGGGCUUCCUGGUCCCCCAGGGCCACCUGGCUUGCCGGGAACCUCCUAUGAGGAGCUCCUCUCCUUGCUACGAGGGUCUGAAUUCAGAGGCAUCAUUGGACCCCCAGGUCCCCCGGGGCCACCAGGGAUCCCAGGCAAUGCGUGGUCCAGCAUCAGCAUGGAGGACCUCUCCUCUUACUUACAAACUGUCGGCUUGUCAUCCAUCCCAGGUCCUCCAGGCCCUCCUGGUCCUCCAGGUCCUCGAGGGCCCCCUGGUGUCUCAGGAGCUCUGGCAACCUACGCAGCUGAAAACAGCGACAGUUUCCGGAGUGAGCUCAUCAGCUACCUUACAAGUCCUGAUGUGCGCAGUUUCAUUGUUGGCCCCCCAGGCCCUCCUGGGCCACAGGGACCCCCUGGGAACAGCCGCCACCUGUCCACGGAUGCCUCCCACAGUCGGAGCAGCAGCUCCUCACACAGCUCAUCCAUCAGGCGGGGCAGUUCCUACAGCUCUUCCAUGGGCACAGGAGGAGCUGGUGCAGGCUCCCUGGGCACAGGGGGUGCCUUUGGUGCAGCUGCAGGAGACGGGGGGCCCUAUGGCACUGACAUCGGCCUAGGUGGAGGCUAUGGGGCAGCAGCAGAAGACAGCAUGUAUGGUGGCAAUGGCGGACCAUUCGGGGCUGACUUUGCUGGAGGUCUGGAUUACAAUGAGCUGGCUGUGCGGGUAUCAGAGAGCAUGCAGCGUCAGGGCCUACUGCAAGGGAUGGCCUACACUGUCCAGGGCCCACCAGGCCAGCCUGGGCCCCAGGGGCCACCCGGCAUCAGCAAGGUCUUCUCUGCCUACAGCAAUGUGACCGCAGACCUCAUGGACUUCUUCCGAACUUAUGGAGCCAUUCAAGGACCCCCUGGGCAAAAAGGAGAGAUGGGCACUCCAGGACCUAAAGGUGACAGGGGCCCUGCUGGACCACCAGGUCAUCCUGGGCCACCUGGCCCUCGAGGGCACAAGGGAGAAAAAGGAGACAAAGGUGACCAAGUCUAUGUUGGGCGGAGAAGGAGAAGUAUUGCUGUCAAGCCGUGAGCCAGCCGUGGCGGGACAGCUCCUGGACCAGUUCUCAUCAUGCAGUGGCACUUACGUCAUGGCUCUCCAGAGGGUGAAAGCUGGAGUCUGUCAAUGUCCUACUGAGACAGCACAGCCAAUCUAGCAACACUUGUUGUAGUCUGAACAAUAUAUACAUAUGGAAUUCAGUCAAGGAUACACAAUCUGAACAGCUUCAUGGGUGGACUCUAAGAGUAGUUGCAAUGUUUUAGAAUGAGACUUACUUCUCUGCUAUCUAGAUCUGAACUCCUUGGCUUCUUUACUUAGUUCAAGCCCCAGCCUAGGAAAGCUGGGAAAGUUGGGAGUCUUAGAGCUUUGCCUAAAUAUGAGCCCAGAAAAGGCAGGGUGGGGAUGGGGUGCCUUCCUGGAGGUGACACUUAAUGGGGUGUGUUCUGGUUACUGUGGCAGGGCUGUGCAGUCAGCUCCUUCCUCCCCUGUUCACUCUGCAUUCUCUAGUCAGUUGGCUUGGAAGUGACUCUUGUAACUAAAAAAAUUAAGAAAUGCACUUCCCCUCUCUGAGUUGGCAGAGUUUCUAAUGGUUAUCAUAUAUGCAUAUCACACUCCCAUUUGCUUAGAAAGUCUGAUUGCAGCUAUGACUGUCCAUAGGCCCAUGCUAGAGUUCAUGGAUAUGUUAUACUGAACCAGGCCACAGCAAACAGAAAAAGGGUGAAGGGCAACGGGCAAGGAGGGAAGAAUGGGGGGCGGAGUGGGGAAACAAUACCUGAUGCUGGGGACACAGCCUCAGCUCAAGACCCAUCCUCUGUUCUGCACUCAGAAAACGGCACUUGGGGGACUGGGCGCAGCUGGUCUUUGAGCACUUUUUAAUGUCUAAAACAUUUGUGGUCUAUCAGAUGAAACUUCAUUUCAACUGUAACAUUUCCAAUUAAAGUUUUUUUUUUUUCUUUUUUACUAUCAGGUUUAAUAUGAUUCCUCUGACCAAAGAAAGGUUAAAAAAAUAUUCUGGGUUAAUUAGGUCUGACUAUAACACUGUUUACUACAAACAUAAGAAACAAACUGGUUGUAUUUUGGGACACAGCUUCUGGUAUUUCAUUCAAUCCCUGAGGUCUUUAAAGGCAAAUCUUUGAUACCUGCAACUAUGAACUCAAUCUGGAGAUAUUACAAAGCAUAUGCAAGUUUUCCCUAAGCAUAAGUUAUUUCGUGUAAACAUGCAACAAAUGAGCAACAAGAUUAUUUGCAAUUAGGUAAUGCUUUAUCCUCGGCGAUGGAAUUAUGAUUGUGGGGCAAGUAAUAUAUGAAAUAUCAAAACUAUUAACAGAAAAAUGUACACAUCUCAAAUGUCUCAAAUAAAUGCAUAGUAAAAUCAGACACUCCAAUUCAGAAGAGACUAUAUUGGCCACUUUGUGAAUUUGUUGUAAGUUAUAACUCUCAAAUUGCUGGACAAUUAAAAAUGGAAUUAAAUUACAUCUACUUCUACACCGUUA